AUGAAAUUUACAGUACUUGCUGUCGCCGUUGGACUAACUUUGCUGCUAGGAGUCCAAGCCAUGCCUGCAAACCGCCUUUCCUGCUACAGAAAAAUACUAAAAGAUCGCAACUGUCACAGUCUUCCAGAAGGAGUAGCUGACCUGACAAAGAUUGAUGUCAAUGUCCAGGAUCACUUCUGGGAUGGGAAGGGAUGUGAGAUGAUCUGUUACUGCAACUUCAGCGAACUGCUCUGCUGCCCAAAAGAUGUCUUCUUUGGACCAAAGAUCUCUUUUGUGAUUCCUUGCAACAAUAACUGA